CUCCUUUGUACCAUCACCACUGCCGUUAUCAUCUUUUUUGCUUCCAUCCCAUCCAUCUGGCAUUUACAUUCCAUCAAACAUUCCUCGAACACCAUGGCCGAGGCCCCAUCAGCCAUUGCCUCAUGGGUCACUCAUCUCGGUGUAGACUCGACCCCCGGUUCACCAGGCUCCCCUGCCGUCCCAUCCAUCCAUAAUCUGAGAAAAAGACAAGCAGGGCAUCAUGGUCGUCUCAAGAAAGUCCUCGUCGCCAAUCGAGGAGAGAUCGCCAUCAGGGUCUUCCGGACCGCCCACGAAUUGGCCAUGACCACAGUCGCCAUUUACUCGUACGAAGAUCGAAUGAGUGCUCAUAGGUACAAAUCGGACGAAUCUUACAUUAUCGGCAAAGGUCUCACUCCCGUCGCUGCCUACUUGGCUCAGGAUGAAAUCAUACGUAUAGCUUUGGAGCACAACGUCGAUAUGAUCCACCCUGGGUACGGCUUUCUGUCUGAAAACGCAGAAUUUGCCAAGAAAGUAGAAGACGCCGGAAUAGCCUUCAUCGGCCCCAGACCAGAAACCAUCGACGCCCUAGGUGACAAGACCAAGGCUCGCACUGUUGCCAUCAAGACCGGCGUUCCUGUCGUACCUGGUACAGACGGCCCAGUCGAGUCAUACGAGCUGGCAGCGGAUUUCAUUAAGCAAUAUGGCUUCCCUGUCAUCAUCAAAGCUGCUAUGGGAGGGGGUGGAAGAGGAAUGCGAGUGGUGAGGGACCAGGACAGUUUCAAAGAGAACUUUGAACGGGCUGUGUCAGAAGCGAAGAGUGCCUUUGGGGAUGGGACAGUCUUCAUUGAGCGGUUCUUGGACAGACCUAGGCACAUCGAAGUUCAACUCCUGGCCGACUCUCAAGGCAACUGCGUUCAUCUCUUCGAGCGUGAUUGUUCUGUGCAAAGGCGACACCAAAAGGUUGUGGAGAUCGCCCCGGCACCUCAUCUGGACGAGUCUAUUCGCCAAGGAAUCCUUGACGAUGCUCUCAAACUUGCUCACGCCGUCGGUUACCGAAACGCGGGUACUGCAGAGUUCCUCGUCGACCAGCAAGGUCGACACUACUUCAUCGAGAUCAACCCACGUAUCCAGGUGGAGCAUACCAUCACCGAAGAGAUCACCGGUAUCGACAUCGUGGCUGCUCAGAUACAGAUCGCUGCAGGCGUGUCGCUCGAACAACUCGGCCUCACUCAGGAGCACAUCCAUCGUCGUGGCUUUGCCAUCCAGUCGCGUAUCACCACUGAAGAUGCUGCUGCCAAUUUCCAGCCUGACACGGGGAAGAUUGAAGUGUACAGAUCUGCGGGCGGCAAUGGUGUACGAUUGGACGCAGCUUCCGGAUAUGCCGGUGCCCAGAUCACUCCGCACUAUGAUUCUCUCCUGGUCAAGUGUUCGUGCAGUGGGGCAACCUUUGAGGUCGCUCGUCGAAAGAUGCUCCGUGCUUUGGUCGAAUUCCGGAUCCGUGGUGUCAAAACCAACAUCCCAUUCCUUAUGCGUCUCCUCACCCAUCCCGUAUUUGAGUCUGGUAAAACUUGGACUACCUUCAUCGACGACACACCUCAAUUGUUUAAGCUCGUCCACUCCCAGAACCGAGCUCAGAAACUUCUCGCCUACCUCGGUGAUAUGGCCGUCAAUGGGUCGUCGAUCAAAGGUCAGAGUGGCGAACCUGGUCUCAAAACCGAAGCGCUCAUCCCGAGCAUCAGGGACAAUGCCGACCCUACGAAGAUCGUCGACACUUCGGUACCAUGCGAGACUGGCUGGAGAAACAUCAUCGUCAAAGAAGGUCCCGCUGCGUUUGCGAAAGCCGUUCGGGAAUACAAGGGAUGUCUGAUCAUGGAUACGACAUGGCGAGAUGCCCACCAGUCUCUACUUGCCACUCGAAUGCGUACCGUCGACAUGGCCAACAUUGCAAGAGAGACAAGUCAUGCUUUACAGAACGCUUAUUCGCUCGAAUGUUGGGGAGGUGCAACCUUUGACGUUGCCAUGCGUUUCCUGUAUGAAGACCCUUGGGACCGAUUGCGUACUCUUCGUAAACUCGUACCCAACAUUCCCCUCCAAGCUCUUGUGCGUGGUGCCAAUGCCGUCGGUUACACAUCAUACCCCGACAAUGCUAUCUACGAGUUCUCCAAAAAAGCUGUCGAAGCCGGUCUUGACAUCUUCCGUGUAUUCGAUUCGCUCAACUACUUUGAGAAUAUGAAGCUCGGUAUUGAUGCAGCUAAGAAAGCUGGUGGUGUGGUAGAAGGUACCAUUUGUUAUUCAGGCGACGUUGCCAACCCCAAGAAGACCAAAUACACAUUGCAAUAUUACCUCGACCUCACUGAUCAAUUGGUCAACGAAGGUAUUCAUGUGUUGGGUAUCAAAGAUAUGGCGGGAUUACUCAAACCUGAAGCUGCUCGAUUAUUAAUCGGUGCUAUCCGUAAAGCUCAUCCUGAUCUUCCCAUACACGUUCAUUCGCACGACACUGCCGGUAUCGCCGCUGCUUCCAUGAUUGCCGCCGCUAUGGCUGGUGCGGACGUUGUCGACGUAGCCAUUGAUGAUCUCUCCGGUCUAACCUCUCAACCUGCCAUGGGAGCCGUAUGUUCAGCUUUGGAACAAACCGAUCUCGGCACCGGUAUCUCUCACGAAAACAUUCAAGCUCUCAACACCUAUUGGUCUCAAAUCCGAGUUCUUUACGCUCCAUUCGAAGCCAACGUCAGAGCUUCCGAUUCAGGUGUGUUCGACCAUGAAAUGCCCGGAGGACAAUAUACGAACCUUCAAUUCCAAGCUUCUCAACUUGGUCUAGGAACUCAAUGGUUGGAAAUCAAAAAGAAAUACAUAGAAGCUAAUCAACUUUGUGGGGAUAUAAUCAAAGUCACUCCUUCUUCCAAAGUUGUCGGUGAUUUCGCACAAUUCAUGGUUUCUAACAAUCUUUCUAAACAAGAUGUAUUGGAAAGAGCUGGUCAACUCGAUUUCCCAUCUUCCGUAGUGGAGUUUUUCCAAGGGUAUUUGGGUCAACCUUAUGGAGGAUUCCCGGAACCUUUGAGAUCAAACAUUAUACGUGAUAAACCGAGAAUCGAUCAGAGACCUGGGUUGAGUAUGAAACCUUUGGACUUUAAAAAGAUCAAGGGGGAAUUGAGAGAGCAAUAUGGGGCUCAUAUCAAUGAUUUUGAUGUGGCGAGUUAUUGUAUGUACCCGAAAGUGUUUGAGGAGUUUCAAGGUUUCGUGGAGAAGUAUGGGGAUUUGAGCGUCCUCCCAACCAGAUUCUUCCUUGGCAAACCGGGUAUCGGUGAAGAAAUGCACAUUUCCAUCGAAAAAGGGAAAACACUCACCAUUAAACUCUUAGCCGUCGGACCACUCAACACCGAAAAAGGCACCCGUGAAGUUUUCUUCGAGUUGAACGGAGAAACUCGUGCCGUGGUCAUUACGGAUCGAAACGCGGCUAUUGAGAAUGUGUCUAGGGAGAAGGCGACGAGUGACCCAGGAAGCGUGGGAUCACCAAUGUCAGGCGUGGUGAUUGAUGUGAGGGUGAAAGAGGGACAAGAAGUGAAGGCCGGGGAUCCAUUAUGCGUGUUGAGCGCUAUGAAGAUGGAAUCAGUAGUCUCAUCCCCCGUUUCGGGCAAGGUCAAACGUGUGUUGGUGGUGGAAAAUGAUUCCAUCGCGCAGGGUGACCUGGUGGUGGAGAUCACCCAUGCGUCGUAGGUUCUUUGUGUAUCGCGAGGCGUGUCAUGUGUUUUGUGUGAAGAGAGAUCUGAGAAAGGUUGAAUGGUAUGCAAUUUCAUGUUUCCUGUG